AUGUCGAAGGCUCUGUUUUCCCUUGAAAAGGUUGCUCAACAUAAUGGUCAACUUGGUGCUAAAACUUGGAUAGUGAUUAAAGAUGUGGUUUACGACGUGUCUAAUUAUUUGGAAUCGCAUCCAGGAGGAGCAGAAUUGCUAUUAGAAUAUGCUGGAAAGGAUGCAACAGCUGCAUUUUAUGAUUUUGGCCACUCAUCCAAUGCUAAAAAUACUCUCCAGUCAUACAAAAUAGGAGAGCUAAUUGAGGAGGACAGAGAAAUUAACAGGAAGAAAAAAAUAAAUAAAAAGGCAAUCAUAAUUCAAGAUGAUAUACAAAAGACAAAAAAACGGAAUCGAAUAUUAUUACGAAUAACAUUUUUUCAUAAAUGUGUCAAUUAAAAAUAUUAAAGAGAACAAAUUAUUUUCUUAUUUAACAUUUAUUAUUUAUAUAUUUAUAGUUAAUUAUAAUUAAUAAAACUGUACA